CCCGAGCCGCGGGCAGCGAUGGCAUGAAGGCGCUGGUGCCAGUGCUCGCGCUGUCGCUGGAGCUGGGCACGAGGCUCGCGCUUUUCGAAAGGGGGUACGGGAGUGAGAUCGCGGUCCAGGUCGUCGACGGCGUCUGCGAUUGCGGACCAACGAUUACCGCGCACGCCGCUGAGGCAUUCUACAUCGGCGACAACUCCGAGGAAGACAUUCGGUACGGGAUCAGCGGAGGCCCCCCAGGCCAAGCAGACCAAGCUCUUCCCGAUGGAACUCAUGGCGCCGCAGUUCGACCCAGCGGACAAGAUGGCCGACUGGGUGACCAAGCCGCAGGAGGCCUUGGAGGAGCGGAGCGUGGUGGAGUGCACGGUGCCGGAGACGCGCCAGCAGUACGUGCAGGUGCCAGUCGGGACCUUCGAGGUGAUGAAGGAGCACUGGGAGCGCAGCUGCAUGCUGACCGAAAGCGGGAGUCCCUGCGCAUCGACCGGGUCCAGCUGGGCAAGGACAUCCAGAAGUGGAAGACGAAGGAUCUCAAGGCCGUCAAGCUGGAGGCGGAGGAGAGGGCUGCCGCUAUCCAGGCCAGGGUGGCCUUACGCGGCGCUGUGGUGGGCCUGCCCUCGAAGGUGCAGGAGGAGCAGAUCCUGGAGGCGCCACCGGGCUGAUGGAGCGAGGUUCAUCGCGAGCAGUCGCAGGUGACAGCCGCAUGUGCCUUGAAGCGGUGGCAGCGCUUCACGGAGGCCUCUGGAG